CAGCAAUACGAUACAAUCCGCUUGGAUCACUUCCCAAAUCAGUAAUUUCAAGUGUGUUAUUUUGUAAAAUCUAAAAGGAAGAUAAACGCAAGAUAUUUCUUGCUAAUUCAAUAAGAUUCAAUACAGCAACAAUGGAAAUAGAAGUAUUGAAUUUAUCGACUUCGUGCCGUUUAUGCCUGGCCCCGACUACCCGAAGGGAUGCGAAAGACAUGUACGCCGAGGCACAACUGAUAGAAAUGGUUGAAUCCAUUUUCAGUAUUUCGUUCCAACAAACGGAAUGGUGUCCCAGAAAAAUCUGCAAAGAUUGUCAAGCCCUGGUGGCGAAAAUCUACGAUUACGUUCAGAAGGUCCGAACCAAUCAAGAUUAUUUGCAAUCGAUCAACUUGAAACAGGAAUCUCAGUCAACCGAAAAAACUGCCCUAGAUGAGGCAGUUUCGGAUAAUGAGAUUAAGGACGAGCCCAUCGUAGAAGACGUUAAGCCAAUGGAAAUAACACUCGAGGAAGAUAAUGAUCAGCAGCUGGAAUCUUCAACAGAAGAUGUAGGAGUUGAGCAACUUGAAGAUAAUGUUUCCGAUGUGGAUGAAGAAGUCCUGCCCAAGAAAAGGAGAAAGCGUAAGGUGAAAAAGAUCAAAUCUGUGCCAGAAAAUCGAGAACAAGAGGAAGAGCUAAUCAAACGAUAUUUUACAUUUCGGUGCGAUAUCUGCACUAAAGAAUCACCCAACUUUAAAGCACUGAGUGAUCACUUUCGAGAAGCACAUAAUACGUCCGGUUACGUAAAAUGUUGCAAUAAGAAAUUAUAUCGACGAUGCCGCCUAUUGGAUCACAUCUCUAAGCACGAGAAUCCGGAUUCUUUUCGAUGUGACAUCUGCAACAAGACCUACGCCUGUCGGACAAGUCUGGAGUUGCACAAUAUGCAUAUCCAUCUGUCGGAAAAUGAAAAACCUCACAAAUGUUCUAUAUGUGCAAAAUCCUUUGCCAAAGACUAUCAGCUCAAAUGCCACAUGGUGCGACACGUGUCUGUCGAAUGUCGAGAAUGUGGGAAGACCAUGUCCAAUCGGUUAUCCUUGCGGGACCAUAUGAUCAAUCUGCACGGGGGAGUCGGCCAGCCGAGGCUUUGCGUCUGUGACACCUGCGGAAAGGAAUUCCGAUCGAAGCCCGCUUUCGAGAAACAUGUCCUGCUGCACCAAGGCAUCGUACAGGACAACAGUAUCCAGUGUCACCUGUGUCCGCGGUGGCUCACGAACAAAAUGGGACUGCAGAGGCACAUUCGCACCCAGCACAGCGAAACGGGCGAUACGUUUGUGUGCGGCGAUUGCGGAAAGAUAGCACCGAAUUCAUCAGCCCUGAAGCAACACCGAAGGGUGGUCCAUGCCGAGAUGAAAUAUGAAUGUGAAAUUUGCGGCAAGCGAUUUAAGAGGGCGAUCUCGCUGAAGGAACAUCGAGCGAUCCACACGGGGGAGGCUCUUUACUCGUGCCGGUUCUGUCCGAUGACGUUCAUAUCGAAUGCCAACAUGUACUCGCACCAGAAGAAGAUGCACCCGGACGAGUGGCAGAAGUCGCAGGCGGAGAAACUGAAGAAGUAGUUUGUAAUGAAUCGAAUAAUCACGUUUAAAG